AUGGAUAUCAGGGGAAGUGAGAGAAAGAAGCACUUCGUGCUAGUCCAUGGGGCUUGCCACGGAGCUUGGUGCUGGUUCAGAGUGGCCACCCUCCUCGAGUCCUCAGGCCACAAGGUCACUGCCUUGGACUUGGCUGCUUCAGGGGUCCAUCCAAAGCAACCCCAAGAUUUGGAGUCCAUUGCGGAGUAUGUGGAGCCACUUUUGGAGUUCUUGGGGGGGCUUGGUGAAGGAGAGAGGGUAGUUCUGGUAGGGCAUAGCAUGGGUGGGCUUGUCCUAUCAAUGGCCAUGGAGAGAUUUCCGGAGAAUAUAGCUGUUGCUGUGUUUGCUGCUGCUGUCAUGCCUGGCCCUGACCUUACCUAUCACUCCAUCCUUGAAGAGCAUUCUCGCAGAGUGGAAUAUAAUAUGGAUCCAAUGUACCGGUUUGAUGAUGGCCCUGAACAGGCUCCAACCUAUAUAUCUUUUGGUUACAACUUCCUGGCUUCUAAGGUCUAUCAACUCUCCCCACCUGAGGACUUGACAUUAGCGUCCUACUUAGGGAGGCCAUUUCGUCUCUGUCCUGAUCAAGACAAGAUGAAGGAAGAAAUAGCAGUCACCAGAGGCAAAUAUGGCUUGGUUCGUCGAGUUUACAUCGUGUGCGACCAGGACCUUCUACUAAUGGAAGGCUUGCAGAGAUGGAUGGCGGAGAGGAACCCGCCAGAUGAAGUAAAGGUGAUCUCGGGCUCGGAUCACAUGGUCAUGUUCUCUAAGCCACUAGAGCUCUGUGCUUCCCUUGAAGAGAUUGGGCGACAUUACUGUUCUUGA